AUGGCUAAAGCUAAAGCUGAAUCAGUAAGGGAGGCAUAUGAACAACUACAGAAAAAUCAGGAUAUGAGACAACUGAUACAAAUAGGCAAAUCAAGAGAUAAAGCUUCUAAGGAUCUAACAGCAAUAAAACAAAUGAAAGAUGAAACAGAAAUAAUUCUGCAUGACCAUGGAAAAAUAAUCCAAAGGUGGUUGAAUUAUUUUGAGAAAUUGCUGAAUGAAGAAAACGUAAGAGUGAAAACUGAGGAAGGAGGGGCAAAUGAAGGAUUAACGAUGGAUAUAAGUAGAGAUGAAGUCGAAUGGGCAGUUGAAAAGGUGAAAAAUGGGAAGACAGUUGGCCCAGACCAGAUCCCCGUUGAGCUAUGGAAGUGUCUCGGUAAAAAGGGAAUUGAGCUCCUUUGGGAUUUAAUGAAGAAGAUUUGGCGACAGGAGGAGAUGCCAGACAAGUGGAGAACUAGUGUACUGAUCCCAAUAUUUAAAGGGAAAGGUGAUGUGCAGGACUGCAGUAACUAUAGAGGUAUUAAACUGAUGGCACACACAAUGAAAAUUUGGGAAAGAGCUAUAGAAGCAAGAUUACGCAAGGAGACUGUGGUGUGUGAAGAACAGUUUGGGAAGAGGAACGACUGA